AUGAAAACCGAUCCCAACAUUAAAGUUACUAUUACGAUAAAUCAAACAGUAGGAUAUCUUGAUGCCAGUAUUGAAAAUAAUAAUGGACAGUUAAAAACAACUAUUUAUCAUAAAUCAGCUUGGGAACCUCAUAUUCUACCUUCUGACUCUGAUCAUUCACGACAUGUGCAUGCGAAUAUAAUUUAUACAAUGCUAGUUCGAGCAGCACGCAUCUGUUCAACUAUAGAAGAUUUUGAUAGGGAACGUUUAAGUGCAGAGAUGAUACUGUUAGUCAAUGGAUAUCCACCAAAAUUUAUCCACCAUCAUUUUAAAAAUUUUUUUCUACGAUUUGAUGCUACAAGUACAUGGACUCAAUUAGACAGUGAAUCCUAUGAAAAAUUACAUGAUACACUACUUUACAAACCAACACAAAGAGAAACUAAAACCAAUGUACAGUCAAUUGAUCAAUUCAUUCAAAAUCAAGCCACAUAUGAACAUAAAGAUCAAAUUUAUCUUCAUUAUACAUUUGAAAAUGGACCAUUACUAAAUUUUAAAAAAGAAUACCACAAAAUAUGGCAAAACUAUUAUGUUUAUCCAGGAUCACGUCUGAAAAAUACUCGACUCAUUCUUGGAACCUUAUUAAACCGAACAUUACAAGAUCUUUUAAUACAUAAAAAGCCUAAACGUGAAAUGUUGACCGGGAUACAAACAGCAACAGAAGACCGAUUCCAUAAAUGA